CAUCCCUGCUGCUGCUGUCUCAGAACCAUGGAGAGCUCAGGGAUUGUGAUCGGUGUGCUACUCAUCACUCUGUCUUCCAUCACGUGCAAUGGACAACAUUUAUCUGAGAUAUCUGCAGAGGAUUUGCAGAACUCUGAUGUAAACCCUGACGAGGGGAUGGUUGAAGUGAUGGAGGAACUUCUGUCGAGGCUUCAGAACAGAUUUCCGUCAACAGAGAAACGCGUCAUUCCAACGUGUGCAGUCGGCUCCCGCUGUGCGAUGAGGUUUGGUCCUCGCUUCGGGCAGCUGUGUGAAUGUGGCCGAGGCUCCUACUGCAACUCAUUCCUGCUGAAGUGCAUCUGAGGAACUCACUGGAGGAGAGCUGUCUUGAGUUCUCAUUUCAGCAUGUUUAUCAACAUGAUCUCACACACACGCACACACAAAUGCAUUUCUUUUAGUAAGCGUGUAAGUAUUUUAUCCGCACUAAACUAAUAAGCAUGAUAUACAAAAUAUUAGAGUCCUUGCUCAUAUUUCUUAUACUGUAUAUCUACAGCAAAUAUGUCUGUUCCUUAACACUAUUCUCAUAUGAUGAAAGGUAUAUCUAAGCAGCAAGACUGUUCAGUUAAAGUUUGUACAUUAAUGCCGUAAAUAAUUGAAAAUGGA